UGUUUUCAUCGCAACAAUCGCACUCCAGAUACCCGUCUUCAAGACAACUCCAAAUUUUCUAAAACACAAUGUCUAACGAGACUCUCCGUCUGGGCAGCACUGCCCCCAACUUCAAGGCCGAGACCACUCAGGGCCCCAUCGACUUCCACGAGUUCAUCGGCGACAACUGGGUCAUCCUCUUCUCCCACCCCGAGGACUACACACCCGUGUGCACCACCGAGCUCGGUGCUUUCGCUAAGCUCGAGCCUGAGUUCACCAAGCGCGGCGCAAAGCUCAUUGGUCUCUCUGCCAACACCAUUGACAGCCAUGAGGGCUGGAUCAAGGAUAUCGAUGAGAUCUCCGGCUCCCAGCUGAAGUUCCCCAUCAUUGGCGACAAGGAGCGCAAGGUCGCUCUUGCCUACGACAUGAUCGACCACCAGGAUGCCACCAACGUUGACUCCAAGGGUAUUGCGUUCACCAUCCGCUCGGUCUUCAUCAUCGACCCCAAGAAGACCAUUCGUCUGAUCCUUGCUUACCCCGCCUCCACUGGCCGCAACACUGCUGAGGUCCUCCGCGUCCUCGACAGCCUGCAGACCGGCGACAAGCACAGGGUCACCACCCCUAUUAACUGGGUCCCCGGUGACGAUGUCAUUGUCCACCCUGGUGUCAAGAACGAGGAGGCCAAGACACUCUUCCCUGACUUCAGGAUCGUCAAGCCCUACUUGCGAUUCACUCCUCUCCCCAAGGAGAAGACCUCUGCCGCAUAAACGCCUCAAUCAACCGUUGGGCACAGUGAGAGCUGCAUGACGCACUCGGAGUAGAUACAGCGGAUACAAGCGUUGGGCAUCGUAGAUGAUGAGCUGUAAUCUUAGGCUGUCACCUGGAAGGGCUGGUCUCAACAACCUGGUCCUCAUGCUUCUCGAAUGGAGUGGGAUGUUCUCGGGCAUCUGAUUCGAUGGAUGUUUGUAGACUCGAUUUACUUCAUAGGUCUGAAACGCUCUGCAUAAUGAAAGAAUGACAAC